AUGUCUAUCAAUACUGCCCCCUCAUCACCCCCUGAUCAAACGUCCUCCAGUGCUCCAGCUGACGCUGCUUCGCACGACCACGCCAAGUUCAACAAUCCCAUCAGGCUGCCGAUAUCCAUCUCUCUCACCAUUAACGAUGCGCCUAACAAUAGCAGCACUAAUAAUGGCGGUGUUAGUGGUUUGGGCAUUUUACCAUCGCGUACGGCUACUUCAUUGGCCAUGAUGAACAAUGCUGUUGCCGCUACCGCUACUACUGCUGUCGCUGUGGAGGCAAACGCAGCUCCCGCUGUGAACACUACAAAGAGCAUCCGUCAUUUCAUAUAUCCUCCCAAUCAAGUGAACCAGGCGGACUUCUCUCUGGACAUACAUCUCCCACCAAAUACCUCACUACCCGAGCGGAUAGACCAAUUCACUUUGAGACGCAGAAUGGACAAGCACGGGCUUUUUAGCAUCAGACUGACACCCUUUAUAGACACUUCUUCCUCUUCUGUAGCCAACCAAGGUCUAUUCUUUGACCCUAUCAUAAGAACUGCGGGCGCAGGCUCACAAAUAAUCAUCGGAAGGUACACGGAGAGAGUAAGGGAGGCCAUUUCCAAGAUUCCGGAUCAGUAUCAUCCCGUAGUGUUCAAAUCAAAAGUGAUAUCCAGGACCCAUGGGUGCUUCAAAGUCGACGACCAGGGCAAUUGGUUGCUAAAAGACGUCAAAUCUUCCAGUGGAACAUUCCUGAACCAUCAGCGCUUGUCGUCAGCGUCUACCAUUUCGAAUGACCACCUUCUGCACGAUGGCGAUAUCAUACAAUUGGGCAUGGACUUUCGCGGCGGUACAGAAGAGAUAUAUCGGUGCGUAAAGAUGAAAAUUGAACUGAACAAGUCCUGGAAAUUGAAGGCUAAUGCAUUUAAUAAAGAGGCAUUGAACCGAAUAAAAAACUUACAGAAAUUAACUACGGGUCUAGAACAAGAAGAUUGCUCCAUUUGCCUAAACAAAAUAAAGCCCUGCCAAGCCAUUUUCAUAUCACCAUGUGCCCAUAGUUGGCAUUUCCAUUGUGUGAGAAGACUAGUUAUUAUGAGUUAUCCUCAAUUCAUGUGUCCAAAUUGCAGAUCAAACUGUGAUUUAGAAACCACUUUAGAAUCGGAAUCGGAAUCGGAUUCGGAAUCGGAAAACGAGAACGAGGAUGAACCAGACAUCGAGAUGGAUGUAGAUAUGGAAAUAAAUAACAAUUUGGGCGUUCGCUUAGUAGAUUAA